AUGUUCAAGACUACAGGGGAACUUUUGUACUCCGUGAAGGUGAGUGAGCCCACGAGGGAGGACGCAACGGGGGCGUACAGGAGCCCAGAGUAUAAGGACAAGCUAUAUGAUAACUUCGAAGAUAAUCCACUGAACAAUAUGUGGGAAAUGUUCGAUCGGGUGGCAAAGAAGUACAAAGAUCGAGAUUGUUUAGGUACUCGAGUGAAGGUGAACAACAAGUUGGGUCCUUACAAAUGGAAGUCAUUCGCGGAAGUAAGGGAAUUAAUUUUAGCAGUAGGAUCAGGUUUAGUGAAUAUGAAUGUAUGUCCAGUGAUCAGAUGUGAUGACACAAAAGUAACGAGGGCAAGAUUUCUAGGGUUCUACAUGCCAAAUUGUGAAGAGUGGAAUAUUUGCGAUUUGAGUUGCAAUGCAUUUAACAUAGUAACGGUGCCGUUAUACGAUUCAUUAGGUAUAGAAUCGAGUAGAUUUAUUCUAGAGCAGACAUUAAUGCAGACGAUUAUUUGCACUAAAGGAUGCGCCAUGAAUUUGUUCAAGUCGCUAGAUACGUGUGAAAGAAUCUUUUUAAAAAAAUUGAUUUUGGUGGAGAACGAAGCUGAUGCAGAGGUUAAAAAGGCUUGUGAAAAACACCAGCUAGAAAUUAUUUUGUGGAAAGAUCUAAUUGCAGCUGGGAAGAAGAAGUUACAAGAACCGAGGCCAGGCAAUUUAAAAGACAUUGCAUGUAUUUGUUACACAUCUGGAACGACGGGAUACCCCAAAGGAGUUAUAAUGACAAACGGAAAUUUCGUAGCUCAGCUAACUUCGUCAGUAACAGGCCCUUCAAGAAUAACCCUUUUGGAUAUAAACGAAAAUGACACCCACAUUUCGUACCUGCCACUGGCGCAUAUAUAUGAAAGGAUUAUGGUGCUUGUUUUUUGUGCACAGGGGGUCAGAACUGGAUAUUACUCAGGGAAUAUCCAAACGUUAGUGGAAGACAUUCAGGAGUUGAAGCCAACUUUGUUUAUUAGCGUGCCUAGAUUGUACAACCGAAUUCAUGAACGCAUAUUAAAUUCGUUGAAAAAAAAAUCGUCAGUGGUUCAAUCUUUGUUUAAUAAGGGGCUGGAGAGUAAAAUAAAAAAGCUAAACAGCACUGGUAUGCCCUAUCACUUUUUCUGGGAUAAACUCGUUUUUAAUAAGGCCAAGAAGAUCCUUGGAGGAAACAUUAGAGCUAUGUUGAACGGAUCGGCACCGAUAAGUCCCGAUGUUGUGAAGAAAUUGAAGGCCAUUUUCUCUGUACCCAUAUUUGAAGGUUACGGAAUGACAGAAGCACUUGGUCCAGCUUUUAUGUCACACAGCACAGAUGUGAAUAUAGGCCACAUAGGGGGUCCUGUCCCGUGUGUUGAAUAUAGAGUUGUAUCUGUCCCGGAAAUGAAUUACCUAGUUACAGACAACCCACCUAGAGGUGAACUACAAUUGCGAGGACCAGCUAUCACCAGUUUGGGUUAUUUCAAACUGGAAAAGGAAACGAACGAAUUUAUCGACAGCGAAGGAUGGAUAAGCACAGGGGAUAUUGCGUCCUUUAGUGAAAAUGGGUCCAUUACCAUUAUUGAUAGGAAGAAAAAUAUUUUCAAAUUAGCACAAGGGGAAUACGUAGCAGUGGAAAAAAUCGAAUCCGUUUACAGGCAAUCACUAUACAUUAGCCAGAUUUUCGUUUUUGGAUACUCGUACGAAUCUGUCCUUGUGUGCAUUGUGUGCCCCUCCUUGGACACCAUAGAAAUAUGGAAAAAGCAGAAGAAAAUUAAUAAGACGGAUGAGGAGGUGAUGCAGAUGCCCGAGUAUAAGAAGGACGUUAUGGAUGAUCUAAUCAAAAUGGGGAAGAAGGAUGGGUUGAAGGGGUACGAACAAAUUAAGGACGUGUACUUUGCUACGGAACCCUUCACCAUCGAAAACGAUUUGCUCACACCGACGGGCAAGAUCAAGAGGCACGCUGUGCAGAAGAAGUACAAAGAGCAGAUCGAUAAGAUGUACGUGAAGCUGAAGGCGUCGGCUUGA